ACCAUGCUGCUAUUAUCGUCCACAGCAGAGGAUGCACUUCAACUCUCCCUUUGCGACUGCAUUUUCCCAAUCUUCUGAUUCGCCGUGUUUCCUGCCGCCAGCUAGAACAUCGGAAAGCAACCCGUCGUAGUGCGAAUCAUCUGCUCCGCCUAGUUGUUACGCCAUCACUUGUGCUCCUGUAUCCGAGGUAUACCUUCUGUUCUGCAGUACAUAAGUCAUAAGCGACACGUGGUGUUGUGGUGCAUAUUCAUUGCAUAGGUGAAGGAAGUAUAGCUUCAGAAAGUCAAAGUCAGGACUGUGAAAGUAUAGCAGCCAACUUGGACUAUUUUUGGAAGGUUAUUAUACACGGAAGGCUGCUUAUGCUGAACAUGGGAGCAAAAUAAUGAAAUGAGAGGUCCUAGAAGCAUUGAGAUAUGGAAGAUGGGUGCUGUCAAUUAUUUGGAGGCACUUAAGCUGCAAGAGAAAUUGACAUCUGAUAGAAAAACACACAAGAUCAAAGACACCCUUCUGUCUCUACAGCAUCCACCCACAUUCACUCUUGGCAAACGGCGGACUGUUCACAAUGUAUUGGUUUCCGAGGCUGAGCUCAAAGCAAUGGGAGCAGAGCUUCACUACACCGAAAGAGGAGGCGACGCUACAUAUCAUGGUCCUCAUCAGGCCAUUUUGUACCCUAUUAUCUCCUUGAGAGAUAUUGGGAUAGGGGCCAGAAAAUACGUGGAGAAUCUUGAGUCAACAAUGAUGGAGUUGGCUUCUCUAUAUGGCGUUAAAGCUCGUGCUGGAGAAACGGGUGAGACGGGGGUUUGGGUUGGCCGGAGAAAGAUUGGGGCGAUUGGGGUUCGCAUAUCUUCUGGAGUUACAUCCCAUGGUUUGGCUUUCAACAUCGAUCCUGACUUGAACUACUUCAAACACAUUGUGCCAUGCGGAAUACCAGAUAAAGAGGUCACAUCUUUGCAAAAGGAGGUGGGGCUGGGGCAGAAGCUUCCUUCUGAACAAGUCAUUCAUGAGCAAUUGGUUUCAUGUUUCACAAAAAUAUUUGGCUAUACUGAUAUUACAUGGAGAGACAAAACAUCGGUAUCCUCGGAUGGUCAUGAAUGAACCGCAACAUACUGAAAAGGCCAAUGCAAAACCGCAGUGGAGAAAGCUGUUACUCUCUUCAAAUUCACUAUUCGUGACCAAAGCCAAAUCAAGUGGAUCCACGCUGGAGCCGGAGAAAGCAAUGGAAAACGGCCUGAGGAAACAGCCUCCAAGCGCUUCAAAUCCGACUCAGAAUAAAUGAGGUGUUGCAGUAGGAGAAGCACAGAUCAGAUAAUGAUCUAAUUCUGUCAUUUUUGCACUUCCCUUUCAUAUUAUUUGUCAGAUUUCUUAGCUUAGUUCUUAGCAAGAAUUUUGAACUUAGCCUUAGCUCAAUAGGAUUAUCUCUUUUCAUUUUUCUUUCCAUAUAAGAAUUCGUUUCUCUUUUUUUUUCUUGCAUUAUUUGUAAUUGUAGGGGUCUAGGGCAAGAAUGAGAUGAAGUAUCUAAUGAAACUUUUACUAUCAUCAAGGAUUAAUGUUUGUUUUA